AUGCCAAAGUUCCUCGAAGCAAUCGGAGACUUGGCCAAGGGCGCGGGCGUUGCAGCCGACACCGCAGUCUGGCUCGGUCGCUACGCCAAACGGCAGUACAACAGCAGCAAAAAUGGAGUGUGUCUUCUGUGCAACAACCUUCAGCCCGAGGGCCAUGAAAAUACCUUUGUUUGGACACCGUCAGGGGCCCAGCGGAACGGCAGACCUGGUCAGAAUGUCCAAGGCGGCAGCGUGCUUGCACUCUACCUGGAAGACCUAUCAACCAAGAAGCUGUUAAAAAGCCGAGAGAUCGACAAACAGACAGGCGUACCAUUCAGGGACUGCAGAUACUGCCGACUUUUGUGUGAUAUCUUCGAUGCCUUCUACAUCGACGAGUGGAUGAGCUGGGUUACCGAGACGCACAAUGCGAUGCCGGUUUCAUUUGGUCUGAUGAUCAGACAGGGAGCGCCCCUUGUCGUCACGACCAUAGGCUUUGUUCACGACAAGUACUGGAAGGAUGCACGCUCAGAUGUGGAAAUCUACCUUGACCCAACUGUGAUUCUGAGCACCGUACCAUCGGGUUUGUCGCCCGCGAUGCCUGGUCUCCCGGCCAUAGGCCCGGCGAAUGUUCGACAGACUGACACUCGUUCCGAAAUCUGCGUGAGCUUCAUCAAGGACAGUGUCCGGCAAUGCUGUACAGAGCAUGGGGCUUGCAGGAGCAUGUCUGAAGCAUUCGUGCCCACGCGCCUCUUGUAUGUCGGGGGAGGAAACGCUGCCCUCAGGCUCUGCGAAACCACCACCUGGCAAGAACAGCCGCCAUAUGUGGCUCUCAGCCAUUGUUGGGGCGGAAGCAAACCUCUCUCACUGCUCAAAGCCCGGAUGGAAGAUUUCAAAAAGCAUAUCAACGUGGCAGACCUUCCAAACACUUUCAAGGACGCAAUCAUUGUGACACAGGAGCUCCAGCUGCCGUAUCUCUGGAUUGACUCGCUCUGCAUCAUUCAAGAUGAUACAACAGACUGGGAGCAGGAGGCUGCCAGGAUGGCGGAUGUCUACAGCAAAGCUUUCGUCGUCGUCACCGGAUCUUCAUCGCCCAAUCCAGAGACACCCUUCCUUGGACCCAGGGAAGACGAGUGGCUGACCAAGACCUUCAACUUUCCUGUUGCUCCAGGGGUCAACGUCCCAGUGAAAGCACGAAAGCGGGCCGUCCUAGCCGCACCCUUGGACCAAGGACUCCUCGAGCCACCGUUCACCACAUCCUGGGGAACUCUCAAGCGUGUCGGCCCAUUGUACAACCGUGGCUGGUGUUUCCAAGAAGCUUACUUGGCCACCCGAAACCUGCAUUUCACCCCUGGAUCACUAAUUUUCGAGUGCAAGACGCAUCGACGCGGUGAGGACCAGUUGCCACCUUACCCAUCCACCGCUCCGGGCACUUUGGGCCACCCUGAUCCGGCCGACCAGUGGCGCAUGCUCGUCAAGUCCUUCACGUCGCGCCAGCUAACCUUUGGCGGUGACAAGCUGCCGGCCAUCAGCGGCGCGGCCGUGACGAUGCCGCAGGCGCAGCAUGGGCGGUAUCUGGCCGGAUUGUGGGCCGAUACGUUGCUCCUCGAUCUGAUGUGGCAGGUGAUGCCGUGGUUUGUGCUUGCGGGGCAGCACAGUGAGUCCCUAGCGUACAACGACAAGGAAGGGGGACCGCCGACUUGGUCGUGGGCGUCUAUGAGAUGGGGGGUGGUCUGGACGAAGCUGAAAAUACCGCAACCCGUGGCCAGGGUUCUGGACGUGCAAGUUACAGUUGAGGGAGUCAAUCCGUACGGGAAGGUGUCCGGGGGCGUGAUCAAACUCCAGGGCCGUCUCAGACGGUGCCGGCUGAAGUUCGACAGCCGCUUGGAACAUGACGCGUAUUAUACGCUCGAAGAUGGCUCGACAAGCAAGCCCCAGCAUUACAGAACUGACGGGCCACUCUCACGCGAGACGGUGCCUGGACCAUAUGGGGCAAACGCGCGACGGGGCCGAGCCGGACCUUUCUGCAUCGACACAGACAAAGAGGAAGUGACUGCGGCAGUGUUCUUUAUCGCUUGUUGUCCAUUCGUCGGUCAUAUUGGUAAGCAGUACGUCGGACUUGUGCUGGGCUCAUCACCACGAUCUCCUGGACUUAUGGAAAGAGUUGGGGCAAUAUUCAACCUGCCCAGAAGUUGGUACGAUUCGGCAGAAGAAGCGGUUGUCACUAUCGUAUGA